GUUCAAAAGAUGAUUCGAAUGGCGUAGUACGUAUAAGUAUUUAGUGUUCAGUUUUAUUAUGUCUACAAUCUUUGUGUUAAUCCGUUGUGGUUUUAAUAAUAUUUAAUUAAAUUUGAUAAAUAAUACAGAAAAAUGGGUAAAUGUUGUCGUAUGCUCAUUUUUGCUGCAAUAGCUGGUAUAGCAGUGUUGUAUUACCAAAUUACGAAAGAACUUCCAAAACCAAAUAUACCUCUCGACACUUGGUGGGGUCCAGGAAAGCCACAAAAUGUUGACAUAUCAAUAAGACCGUUUAAAAUUAAUAUUAAUAACAAAGUGAUUGAAAAUCUGAAACUAAAACUCAAUGAUGUUCAAUAUACUUUACCUUUAGAGGGCAUCAAUUUUGAAUAUGGUUUCAAUACAGAUUCCCUGAAAAAGAUUGUAGAUUUUUGGCGAACUCAAUAUAAUUGGCGUGAACGUGAAGCAUUAUUAAAUAAAUAUCCACACUUCAAAACAAAUAUUCAAGGCCUGGAUAUUCAUUAUGUCCACAUAAAACCACAGGUCUCUAAAAAUAUUGAAGUUUUGCCUUUGGUAAUGAUCCAUGGUUGGCCAGGAUCUUUUGUGGAAUUCUACAAGAUCAUACCUAUGUUGACAACUCCAAGAGCAGGUUACAAUUUCGUAUUCGAAUUGAUAUUGCCUAGUAUUCCUGGAUACGGCUUUUCACAGGCUGCAGCUAAACCUGGUCUUGGAUCGACUCAGGUCGCCGUUAUAAUGCGCAAUUUGAUGGAGCGCAUUGGAUUCAAAAAAUAUUAUGUACAAGGAGGCGACUGGGGUUCUAUGAUCAUAAGCGCGAUGUCAACAUUAUUUCCAGAAAAUGUCCUGGGACAGCACUCAAACAUGUGUUUUGUCAAUACUCCAUCAUCAAAUAUCAAGGCUAUAAUUGGAAGCUUUUUCCCGGAAUCGUUUGCUGGCACGGGAAAUGCGCAUAAAAUGUAUCCCAUGAGUGAACACUUUUUCACACUUUUGGAAGAAAUGGGUUAUUUGCAUCUACAAGCUACCAAACCAGAUACAGUGGGCGUUGCUUUAAGAGAUUCACCAGCUGGUUUAGCAGCUUAUAUUUUGGAGAAAUUUUCAACAUGGACUAACAGAUCUUGGAGGUCAGUUAAAGAUGGAAACUUGCUGUUAAAAUACAAUAUUCCUGAACUUUUAGACAAUGUCAUGAUAUACUACGUUACUGAUUCCAUUACUACUUCAAUGAGAUUAUAUGCAGAAUCAUUCACAAAAGCACACCUUGCUUUGAACUUAGAUAGGGUGCGCAAUCAUGUCCCAGCAGCCUGCGCAAAAUUUCCAAACGAGUUGGCUUAUGUGACCGAUUGCCAACUUGCUGAGAAAUAUAAAACUUUAUUGCAGUCCAAUGACAUGCCAAGUGGUGGCCAUUUUGCAGCAUUUGAGGAACCUGGUCUUUUAGCAGAAGACAUUUUCACUGCGGUGAAAAAGUUUAAAGAAUUUUAUUCCAAAAAAGCUGAAAGCCAAAAGAAAGCUGAUUUGUGAUAAUUUUGUUGUUGAUAUAUUAUUAUGCUAAUAAUAUUUGAGAUAAAUUUAACCAAUUCAUGUUCAACAUAUAUUUUUAUACAUACAUACAUAUAUAUAAAUAAU